AUGACCAGAUGGCAAGGUGAAAGGAGAGGACGUUGGCGGUUGAACCAGACGCGACAAUCCUCUGGUUCUGGUGCGCAUGUUUUUUGUUCUCAACCUAGGAAGGCAACGCAGAUGAGUGGCGGUACCACGCCUCGUACCGCGUCUCUGUGCCCGAGCUUGGACUGCCUUCCUACGAAGUUCUUUCCACAACGGGUCGCUGGACGAAUCAAUGGCGUCCCAGAAACGGCGUUUGGACCAGGAUUGUUCGCAAUCCCUGGCAGUGCCAGCAACGAGUGGGUGUCGUAUUAUGUCCAGACUGGAAGCAUGGAAGUUGUCCUGGGAUUGGGAGGUGGCCAUGCAGUCGAGGCGGUUUCGUAUUUUUCCGAGCGCUUGGGCGCUGGGACAGCCAAGAAACACGCGGACGUUUUUCGUUUCUGCUUUCAGACUUGGAAAGGGAACGCUAUUGGAGGCUGCGGAGGGAGAAAGACGGACUACACAGUAUUGUCGGACACCUUGCCAGGUGGCCAGGGGUGGAGAGAGGGUCGGGUGACCCGUCCGAUGCUCAGCAACUCGUUCGCGCUGCGCGAAAUGAGGACGAAGAGAGACAAAAGGACCACGGAACAUGUCCGUUCACAGACGGUUGGGCCUCUUGAUUCUGAAAAGGGCGAUGCAAUUACGACAUACGGCAUACAGUGA